AUCAGAGACCCUCAAAACGAAAACGUCUCUCUCUCUCUCUCCCUCUCUCCCUUUUAUAUUCAACAACAUUCUCUCUUUCUCUCUCUCUCCCUUUCGUAUUGAGCUUGCUUGCUGACCUACCUUUUUUCUUCUCAACCGUAAGAGGUAGGUCUGGGAGCAGGGGGUUUUGCAGAUACGAAUCGUUUUGAUCGAAUCGGUGGUUAUUUUCUUUUCUUCUCCAGAAGAUUUGUCUCGGUUCUUCUCCAAUUGGAAGGAAUCAGAUCAAGUCAAAGGUUCGCUGCCGUUUCCUUUUCCCCUAAUUUUCUCUCUGUUUUUUUUUUUUCCCCAAGGGGAGAAAGAAAACAAGUGACGAUGAAGCGGGGGAAGUUGGAUAUGUUUCUGUCUCUGAGCCGACAGAGAUCGAUUCAGUUGUUGAUCGGUGUAGGGUUUCUGUAUAUGCUCUUGGUGAGCGUGGAAAUCCCAUUUGUCUUCAGGAGCGGUUCCAUUGCUGCAUCUGGAGAGGGCUUUAAUGGGUUCAUCAGCGACGCAUUGCCUCGUCCUCUUAGGCUUGAUAGCGAAGCGGACUUGGAGAAGAGAAGAGCUCCUGUCCGACCUUCCAAGGUAUCUUUUAGGGUUUCUCAGGGUUCUUUUCAGCCGUCUCAGCAGGGAACGUCCGAGGGACGGAUGGAUGAGUACAACAUUUUGUCAAGUUUGAAUUUUCAGGAAGGUGCGUACAACAGUAGCAGUAAAGAUGGGUUCUCCGAGCUUCAGAAAUCCGCUAAGCAUGCUUGGGAUGUUGGGAGGAUGCUUUGGGAGGAGCUUGAAUCUGGAAAGAUUCGGCUUGAUGAAGAGAGCAAAGCCGAGAACCGAUCGGAGGCUUGCCCGCAUUCCAUUAUGCUUUCUGGAUCGGAAUUUCCUGACCGGGGUAAGAUUCUGCUACUUCCGUGUGGCUUGACUCUAGGGUCCCACAUUACGCUUGUCGGAAAGCCGUAUGCGGCUCACCCCGAGUAUGACCCAAAGAUAUCACCGUUGAAGGAUGGGGAUAAGUCAGUCAUGGUUUCGCAGUUCAUGAUGGAGUUGCAAGGACUGAAGACGGUUGAUGGGGAGGAACCACCGAGGAUCUUGCACUUCAAUCCUAGGUUGAAGGGCGACUGGAGUGGAAAGCCUGUCAUCGAGCAGAACACUUGCUAUAGGAUGCAGUGGGGAUCAGCACUUAGGUGCGAGGGAUGGAAAUCUAAGGCCGAUGAGGAAACUGUUGAUGGGCAAGUAAAAUGUGAGAAGUGGAUUCGUGAUGACGAUGACCACUCAGAGGAAUCAAAGGCAAUGUGGUGGUUAAAUCGGUUAAUUGGCCGAACAAAGAAGGUUACGGUUGAUUGGCCGUACCCAUUUGCAGAGGAGAAGUUAUUUGUUCUCACUCUUAGUGCCGGCUUAGAAGGCUAUCAUGUAAAUGUCGAUGGGAGGCAUGUCACCUCUUUUCCUUAUCGCACCGGGUUUGUUCUCGAGGAUGCAACUGGCCUUUCUCUGAAUGGGGAUGUUUAUGUGCAUUCUAUAUUUGCAGCUUCUUUACCCACUACACAUCCUAGCUUUUCUCCACAGAAACACCUUGAGAUGUCUACUAAAUGGAAAGCUCCACCUGCCCCAGAGGGGCCUGUGGAGCUUUUCAUUGGUAUCCUUUCAGCAGGCAACCAUUUUGCUGAACGGAUGGCUGUAAGGAAGACAUGGAUGCAAUCUGAACUCAUCAAGUCUUCAAAUGUUGUGGCUCGCUUUUUUGUUGCAUUGCAUGCAAGGAAGGAAGUGAAUAUGGAGUUGAAGAAAGAAGCCGAGUUCUUUGGUGAUAUUGUUAUUGUGCCUUUCAUGGAUAGUUAUGACCUUGUGGUUUUGAAGACUGUUGCCAUCUGCGAGUAUGGGGUUCGCAUGGUAUCUGCGAAGUAUGUCAUGAAGUGUGAUGAUGAUACAUUUGUCAGGGUGGAUACAGUCAUCAAGGAAGUGAAGAAAGUUCCUGUUGACCGGAGCUUGUAUGUAGGAAAUAUAAAUUACUACCACAAGCCCUUGCGUUAUGGCAAAUGGUCAGUGACAUAUGAGGAAUGGCCAGAAGAAGAUUAUCCACCCUAUGCAAAUGGGCCAGGCUAUGUGGUGUCUUCUGACAUUGCACGCUUUGUUGUCACCGAGUUUGAGAAACACAAGUUAAGAUUGUUCAAGAUGGAGGAUGUGAGCAUGGGAAUGUGGGUGGAACAAUUCAACAGCUCAAGACUUGUGGAAUAUCGACAUGAUGUGAAGUUCUGCCAGUUUGGGUGCAUUGAUGAUUACUAUACAGCACAUUACCAGUCUCCUAGGCAGAUGAUCUGUAUGUGGGACAAAUUGCAACAGACGGGAAGAGGCCAGUGUUGCAACAUGAGAUGAUGAUGAUAGACAAUGGCGAAGACGUUCAGUGACAACUACUGUGUUGUUAGGUGACUGUGGAGGAUCUUUGAUGGAGAAAGGCAGUGAAAUCAAGUUUUGCAGUCAUUACAUGAUAAUGUAGUGUAUAGACUGAUGGGGUUCUAUUCAUAUGCCCUUUCAAAUUCAUUCAUUAUUUUUUUUACUGGUUCUUUUACCUUUUGACGCUGGAGGAUGGGGAUAGCAGGGUUGGCUGGUGGGCUUAUGAUGUUUGUGUAGUGCAGACUGCAGGGUACAAUGUUAAAGACCUUCAUAUCUCUGUAACCACCUAUAGUUACACCACGGCAGAUGAAAAUUAUUUCAUUUUGAAAAUAUUUCUUGGCCCUGCCACACUAUAGAGAACCAACGGGAAAUACUUUGCAAGUUUGGAUGAAAUGAGGAGAUCUGGGGCACCAAAUUUCUUAGAUUAACUCGAAAGGAAAGAUUCAGUUGGGAUCUAGAUUUUAGCAAUGUACAUGAAAGCCAUGAUGAGCACAGAUAAAUUCUUUAUUGUACAUGCAAAUAUAUGCAAUUGUAGUGCUUGCCUCGUGCUGCCUAAUUUAUAUAUCAUAUUUAGCAA